UCUUAAAGGGGUCGCGCGCUUAAAACGUCUUUUUCAGUGAGAGAACGAUGUGAGAAGAAGCAUCAAGACUCUGUUGAGUUCAUUUGAUUUUAUUUAAUUCUAUCGAAAAAAGUGUACUCCGUUCAACCCGUCUGGCGUUUUAAUACGGAACCACAUGUUAUUAACUGCCCUUCUUGGGCUUUCUUUGGUGAGACCCCAGUUCUUGUUUUUUGCAAUGUGCCAGGGGACAUUAUAAGGACAGUGUCAUCAUAGAAUAAUGUUUCCAUCAAGGGGUGUACUUAGUCUACAACAACGUUUAGGGACCUUCUGUGACAUGGGACAUGAGAGUGUGUGUUAAAGAAACAGUUGAUCUUGUAAAACCGACUGUUUUUAUUCGGCAUAUAAAGAACUGUAGUUUCUCAAACUGUUGGAAAAAAUCAAGCUCACACUCAAGCAGGAGAUAAACAGGAUGAUAAACAGUCGCUCCAGAUGUAGUCCGGUUAGAUUUGAAAUCACUGGAAUCACUGGAAAAUGUGACAAUAUGAUGAAGAUUUGCAGAUUCCAUGCUUACUGAGCAAUCCAAAAAGAAGCAGCUUGUUAACCCUUGGGGUUCAGCGUUUGACACAAUGAGAAGAAUCCACAUAAAGGGGGAUGUGCUUUGCACCCUCAUCCUGGUGGUACUUCUCUGCAUACUGUGGUAUGUCCACCAGAGUUUAAAACCAACCUGGGGGACUUUGCGUAUCGAGCACGGCUCUAGCAGCUCUCGGGCACUUCUUGGAGCACCAACAAAAGGAAUCUCGCCACCCUCUCAAACACCUUAUUUACUUCACUGUGAUCAAGAGUCUACACUCCAGGCACAAACCAAAUCUAAACAACAGAAUAAAUUUAAAAACCAAGUCAAAUCGAAGAAAAAACAAGGGAAGAAAAAAACAACAGCCAAAACUACUACUGUACCCACUCUUCCUCAGUUUGACUUUGAGGAUUACCUUCUCAAAAAGGACCAGCGGCAGUUUAAGAUGCUGAUUGACCAGCCAGAGAAAUGUAAAGGACCUGAAGGUGCACCAUAUUUGCUGAUUGCCAUAAAAUCAGUAGCAGUAGACUUUGACAAGCGUCAGGUUGUGCGACAAACCUGGGGCAAAGAAGGUGUAACCCACAAAAGGAUGAACAUCAUGACUGUAUUUCUUCUUGGAGUGCCACAGAACAUUACAGCGCUUCCCUUGUGGGACAGGUUGUUGGCAUACGAGAGCCAUAUGUUCAAGGAUAUUCUGCUCUGGGACUUCGAAGACACAUUCUUUAAUCUGACACUUAAAGAAACACACUUCCUCCAGUGGGUCAAUUCAAGCUGUUCGAACGUGCAGUUUAUUUUUAAAGGUGACUCAGACGUCUUUGUAAACAUCGAGAACGUUCUGGAAAUGCUUGACGAUAAAGCGGCUAACGAGGAUCUUUUUGUCGGCGACAUCAUCUUCCAUGCGAAACCGAUUCGCAGACGCAACAGUAAAUAUUAUGUGCCCGAAUUUAUAUACGGCCAGGGGAUUUAUCCUUCUUACGCAGGAGGCGGAGGUUUUGUCAUGUCAGGCCACACUGCCCUUAGACUGCAUUUGGCCUGCAAGGAAGUUGAGCUCUUUCCCAUAGACGAUGUCUUCCUGGGAAUGUGCCUGCUCAGGAUCGGUCUUAAGCCGAGCCGCCACGAGGGUUUCCGUACCUUCGGAAUCGUGCGUCCUUCAGCAGCACCGCACCUGCAGGUGUUUGACCCAUGUUUCUACCGAGAGCUGAUGGUUGUGCACAGCCUGAAUGUGCCGCAGAUCUGGCUUAUGUGGAAUCUCCUACAUGAUCCCAGCGUACACUGUCAUACUAAUCAAAUUCAUACAGCUGAACCCUUCCAGUGGAUAAAGAACACACCUGAACAGACUAAGACUGAGGAUUCGAGUAAAGCUGACUAUGAUAUGCAAGUGUUUUUAAAGGACUGAGAAGUUUAUGCUGUGAAAGACUGAAUAAAACUUGAAAGUAAAAGGUUUGUAAUUGACAGUUUCAGCCCAGAGCUAAUAUUUCUAAACAUCCAAUGUUUUGAAAAUGACUUAUUUUUUACCCCUGGAUACUGAUGGCACUGGGAUAAUCUAUAAAAGCAAAAGGUAGAGGACAUCAUGAAUAACAUUUUAUAAAGACAGUAAGUUACUUAUUAAAGCCGACAGGUUAAUCAUAAUGACAGGAAUGUGGAAUACUGUAGAUACUCAAACUUCACCAUCACAGUUACACUAAAUAAGCAUUGUUUUAGAGUUCACAACAUUUUAUCCUUUACCGUUAACUUUGCUGGAAUAAUCUGUUGUUUUUUUUGGAGUCUGUUGGCUAUAAUUAAAUGUUACUGAAGUCUGAGGAUGAAAAUUCUGUUAAUGCCAGAGCACUGAAGUUGAGCAAGCACU